AUGACUGCCUCAUCAUCACCCAAGCCCAACGGCAAUGGAGCCAAGAAGGAGAUCAAGAUUCUCAUGCUGCACGGAUAUACACAAUCAGGUACUCUAUUCCGCGCCAAGACCCGCGCUUUGGAGAAGACCAUCGUCAAACUUCUCAACCCCAUCUCGCUCCUUCCCGUCUUCCUCUAUACUACUGGCCCCAACCGGCUCAGCCCAGAAGACAUCCCCGGCUAUCAACCCCCUGAGGAGCCUCAGGCCGAGGACUAUCAGCCCGAUACUUGGGCGUGGUUUCGCAAAGAUGAGGCUUCAGGAAACUACCGUCUUUUAGAAGAGGGAAUGACCACUAUUUCCCAGGCUAUUCGUGAUGCGGAGGGCAUCGACGCAGUAUGCGGCUUCAGUCAAGGUGGCGCCAUGGCAGCUCUUGUUGCAGCUGCUUUGGAGCCGGAGCGUUCUCUACCAGAGGGCAAGGAGGGAGACUGGGCACGGGGACUGCGGGAGGCCAAUUCUGGACACUCUCUUAACUUUGCUGUUAUGUACUCAGGUUUUUGGGCAACCCCCGACUCGCUCCAGUUCUGCUUUGAGCCCAAGAUUAAGACGCCCUCGUUGCACUUCCUCGGCAGUCUCGAUACAGUGGUCGAUGAGAAUCGCAGCAGAGCACUCACAGAUCGUUGUCAAGAUCCUCUUGUGCUUGUUCACCCUGGAGGCCACCAUGUGCCUGUCUCCAAGCAAUGGGCGGCACCGCUGGCUGGCUUCAUCAAGGAACAUGGCCAAGACAAGGAGCCUAAAGCCGAGCUGCAGAGCUGA